AUGGGUCCUUUUAUCCCAAACCUUAGCUCCAUUACAGCACCAUUACGAGAAAUCCUAAAGAAGAAGAAUACCUUCGAAUGGAAUGAAAACUACCAACGAGCAUUUGACGAAGUUAAACAAGCCAUCAGUGAAGAGAUCACCUUAAACUAUUUCGACAGCACCAAAGAAGUUGUUGUGAAACACCUCACGUCUGCACCACCCCGACUGCAGCGUAUGCUACUCCGGUUACAACCCUACGACCUAACUAUCAAAUAUAUUCCAGGAAAAGACAUGCUACUAGCAGAUGCUCUGUCACGAUUAUCCCCCGAAGAAAAGAACCCAGUGAAAGAUAUGAACGUGGAAAUUCACGAAGUUUGCCCACAUUUUAGCAGCGAAAUGAUCGAGAAGGUCAAACUAGAAACAACUUCUGAUCAGGAGCUGAUGAUGCUCAAAACGACUGCACGAAGGCUGGCCAACAUCAAUUAA